CCAGAGUAAAAGAAAGGGAAAUGUUUUCUUGAUCUUGAAGUUCAUCCAAGCUUUCUGUCGGCGUGGUAAUGUUACACAUGAUAAGAAACGCAGUUUAAUUCUGUGUAAUUCACGUAAAGGAUCUGUAACGCUGCUAUUAAACGGAAGCUGAUGAUAGUGAGCAUGUGACGGGUUGUAGUGUAUGAAGCUGCGCUGACUCGCUCGCUCGGUCGGGGAUCUGUCAGCAGUGCGGAAGAAAGAGAGAGAGAGGGAGAGAGAGAGAGAGAGAGAGAGAGAGGGAUGGGGCAGAUAUAUUCCAUCAAACUGACUCACAAGAGACAGAAAUUUGGCCGAGAUUCCGUCACCAAAUAAAGACCGAGCAUCGUUUAACCUAAUGCGCGGCAGGAACAUGUUCGUUCAGUUGGACCCUUGAGCGACAGAGAUCGGUGACAUUGAUGAAGCCAGCUGUCACUACUACACGGUCCUGAAGCCUCGAAGCACGCCGAGGAUCUCUGACAGCUCGAUGUUGGAAGUGAAACUUUAAAAAAACAUCAAGACACAGACCGAGUCGAGGGUCAUCGGCUUGAGCUAAAUCGAAAGCAACUUCAGACUGCGGGAGCUGUGACCGGGAGAUCACACAAAAGACACGCGACCAAGUUGAAACAUCCCUUGCCGUAGAGAGACUAGUGCAAGAAACAUCCAGUGCUGCAAGACUGAGGUGACCACAGCUUCCUGUAACUGCAAGCCGAUAUUGGUGGUGGAACAUUUAAUGCAAAACUCCCCCACACCCCUCCUCCCUGCCUCCAAGCUACUCCUACUCCAUCUUCAUGGCGAUGAGCAGUGAUCCUGGUUGCAUGGGGGUGGACCCUGACCCAGACUUCUCCCAGACCAAUGAGAUGACUGACAAGAUGUCUGCAGUGUCGCUAAGGUCCGAUACCUCUUCCAGUGUAGUGAAGAAUGGGACAGGUGUUAAGAAAGCUCCGCCCAAGAGGCCAAACCUGUCAGGCAGGAAGAUGUCAUUGCAGGAGAGAGGAACGUAUGUGUCUUCUGGGAGCGGGGCUGACCGUUAUUCCCGUAUAGCCAGACAGCCAACCAUCGAGUCCAAACGAGUGUCCAUCUCCGACUCGCAGGAUUCCACCCAGCUUAACCAGUACAAGUUAAAGAGUGAGAUUGGGAAGGGCUCAUAUGGUGUUGUCAAGUUGGCAUACAACGAGGAUGAUGACAAAUAUUACGCAAUGAAAUUGGUGUCUAAGAAGAAGCUGAUGAAACAGUAUGGUUUUCCCCGCCGCCCUCCUCCCCGAGGUCCUAAAGCAGCCCAGGGGGAGCAGCCCAAGGUGCUUGGACCUCUGGAGAGAGUUUACCAAGAGAUAGCCAUCCUGAAAAAACUGGACCACCUCAACAUAGUUAAACUGGUUGAGGUGCUGGAUGAUCCAGCAGAGGACAACCUUCACAUGGUGUUUGAGUUGAUGCCAAAGGGCCCUGUGAUGGAGGUCCCCAGCGACAGUCCGUUCAGUGAGGACCAGGCCCGCCACUACUUCAGAGACAUUGUUCUGGGCAUCGAGUACUUGCACUAUCAGAAGAUCGUUCACAGAGAUAUAAAACCAUCAAAUUUAUUACUUGGAGAUGACGGCCAUGUCAAGAUCGCAGAUUUUGGGGUCAGUAACCAGUUUGAGGGCAAUGAUGCUUUGCUCUCCAGCACUGCUGGUACUCCUGCCUUCAUGGCCCCAGAGACGCUGUCAGACAACCGCAAGAGCUUUAGUGGAAAGGCUCUGGAUGUGUGGGCUAUGGGAGUGACGCUCUACUGUUUCGUGUAUGGAAAGUGCCCAUUUAUUGAUGAGUACAUACUUGCACUUCACAGUAAGAUCAAGAGUAAGCCAGUGGAGUUCCCCGAAAUGCCAGCUGUUAGUGAGGGGCUGAAGAACCUGGUCUCACAAAUGCUGGACAAAAACCCAGACACCAGGAUCACCAUUCCUGAGAUCAAAGUGGACCCCUGGGUGACUCGGAAUGGCACUGACCCUUUGCCUUUAGAAGAGGAGCACUGCACCGUGGUGGAGGUCACUGAAGAAGAGGUGCAGAACUCAGUGAAAUUUGUCCCAAGUCUGUCUGCUGUGAUUUUGGUCAAAGCCAUGUUAAGGAAGCGUUCCUUUGGGAAUCCAUUUGAGUGUCCCAGCAGGAGAGAAGAGAGAUCCAUGUCUGCACCAGGCAGUCUGCUCAUGGACUCUUGGCCGUUCCGGCCCUCUUUUAAACUCCAGCCCUUGUUAAGAAAGGGGAGCAGUGGAGAGGCUGGUAGAGAAAUUGAGCUCGAGGACUUGCAUGAGGACGAACCACCCACCUCUUGAGUGUCUUCAUAGAUCCUGAAGCGUUCUGCAUUGUCCUUCCAGCCCUUUGAGCAGAUGAUGAUCAUGACCCAAACCGCUCCACUACACUGUUUCCACAGACUUCAGGGCUUUCCUUGGCACUGAACUGGAUUCUGCUGUUGCUA